ACAGUGUUUAUCGAUACGACCCAAGUGGUGCUAGAAAGGCCGUCGAUGAAAGUAUUAAGCUUUGAGCAAACUGUUCCAUCAAAGCGGGUCGGCAAACCUCGGGUCGGUCUCAAAGGGCGCGCGGGAGUGUAUUGCUGUGUCGCCAUAGCAACGAUAUAUCUGGGAGCACAUUUUAUCCUCCGGAGGGUUUCACCUGGACGAGUUAAUCUGUGAUAAGCGUCGCUCACAAAAAGGCAGUGCUUGAUCGGGGUUAGAGAAUAAUAGUUCUAUAGGGUAGAUGUUCUAACGGGGACCCAGUUGCUCUCCCGUCUGAUACGGGAUAAAUUACCUAGGCGACACUAACGCGAGGCAGUCAGGCGUGGUUUAGUUGUGGAAUAAUAUACCGGAUUGUGCGCACUGAAAUAUCGCCGUAGGAAGUGCUCACGCAACGGGAAAAACGUCCUGUAAGAUUACAUUUUCAGGAAGACGCCUGUGGUGGUGGCGAGUCUACAACGGAAAAGGCCAGGUUGUUCUUGGCCGGAAGGAAUCUACCCUCUCACAAAUUGUGACACGUAGUCCAAGACAAAGAGCAUUGGACGUUGUCGCUAAGAAUUACAGUUUAUCUUACAAGAAAACAUGGCGUCGGAAAGCAGACCGCCUCUGGCAGCGUUGCGGAAGAAAACUCACGAGCAUAUCGCCAACUCUCGCGAACGUCACCACCCAGACUACGGCCGGGCGCUGACGCUCAACCUGCUGGAGGAACAGAAGCUGCGCACUACUGUGGCUUUACUGGACAGGCAGAAAACAGCAGAAAUCAGCAAGUUUCGUCUGGAGCACAGAGCGUUUCUCAGCAGGGCAAAAUCUGCGACAGAGCAGCUUAGUCGAGAGAGUCUGGGCGAAUCUCGCGGCAUCCGGAGACCGUGGUCUGAGUUCGGGAUGGCGCGGGUGCAGUUCCAGAGCGCGGAGGCACGACUCGUGCACGGCGGCAGCAGCACCAAGGCCGGCCGCAAACCCGAGGGGUACCGGUCUCCUGUCGAGGACAAGAGUAGACUGCGGCUCAAAGGACACGGGUUCUACACCCACUGCCACCACUGCGCCAAGCGGUACAUCAGGAGUACGGUGGCUGGUCCGGGCCGGCCCAGGAGUGACUGUGAGCAUGAUGAUAACAUGUACAUGUCAUCUCGUAGUGUGACACCGGAGAAACAGGAGGAGGAGCAGAUAACAGAUAAAGAUCGCCAGGCUAGAAACACAAACCCAGGGUUUACCGUAGCUCGAGGGCAGGCAGCCUUUAAACGACCGCUUCAAAACGCAAAGAAACUGUCUUGCCCAACAACCGCAGCUACAGACACCGCAGUCAUCACCUUACCAGUGGUAAAACCUCCAAGGCCAUCUCCAGGGGACAGUUCUGGUAGGAGGAGGUCUAGUACCAGCAAACCAAGCAUGUUAAAACAUGUACAGGACCCAUCCAAGCCGCAAUUCACUUUAAAUGUAGAAAACGUCACAACACCUGACGAUUAUGCAACUAAGAACCAGGAUAAGAUCGCGACUGGGAUCAACGGCAGGAACGACACUAGCGCACCAAGCGGACAACAUCAGAACGACAGUUCGGUUGUCAUGGAAUACGUUACCAAGUCGCUACCAACAUCACCCAGGGGACGUUGGCUCUGGGCAUUCAGAGCUUUCGUCAAUGGUAACAAAUCACGACAAAGACCGGAGAUACCCGGUAACCAAGACACCCCGACCACGAAAAACGUUGCCAAACCGAAGAAAGGGGCAAAGAAGAAUAAAAGAAAGGGUAAAAAUGCAAAGUCUAAAGACAAAAUCGCAAAGACCGGUGACAAAACGGGUAGAGACAAAAAUGGAGAAAAGUCUAGAAAGCAGGCGGGAAGUUUUGGACACGACACUGAAGCCCACAAAACGCUUUGUCUUAGAAGCAUUUUUCCGGUGCCUGCAAAGGCCCGGUGGUUGUGGGCAAUGCGCGCAGUUCUGAGAGCUAAGAAUAAAAGACAAAGGAAAGACUCACAGAAGCCAAUCACAGAAGAAAGGAACGCAGUUAUCAAAACUGCCAGAACUGAAAAUUCACUGCCAUGUUCACCAAAAGAACGCUGGUUUUGGGCGAUGACGGUCAUCAUUAGCCACAGAAAAGUUCAGAGCAGACCAAAGGAACAUUUGCAAACUGCGACCGAUGAAAGAGCUGAGAUAAACCCCAAAGAUACCCAACAGAAUACGUCAACUGCCAAAGGCCGUUGGUUGUGGGCAAUGAAAACAGUACUCAAGCAAACCGCUAGGCGUCGCCACGAUGUCGCUGGAUCACCCACGAAACCUAAUAGCGUUAGCGUUAAGAGAGAAAGCGAUGAAAAUGCCGGACUGCCUUCUUCUCUCAAACAGCAGUGGAAAUGGGCCAUGCGAGCGGUCUUGAAAAAUAAAGACAAGUUUGAGAAACAAGAACAGCCCUCACUAGACGAAAAACACGUGAAGAAAACAAGCAAAGUCGCGUCUUUUUCCAAAACUAAGACGGCUAAGACAGAGACAGUAACGUCAAGCCCUGUCACCCAAAAGAGAGGCAGAAGAAACAGUACUGCAGUUAACUCCUUUCUUGGUGCAGUGUCGUACAAACAACUGCAGACGUCCGGCAUUUUCGGCAAAUCUGGGAGUAAAACUAGAAGCGGGCGCCACCGUUCGCUCAAGUUUGACCCCCUCACCCUUCUCAAACAGACAAAGGAGCAAGAAGAACAGAAAGAAUCCUAUGAGGACAUGAUGGAGAAGUUUAAGAAGCUUCGAAACUGUCGUUACCUGAGGUGGCGGCGAGGGCAGGAUCCUUAUCUGAACGACAGCUUCGACAUGGUGCCACAGACAGGCAUCCUGACACUGCCGCUGCCAAACCAGUUUACUACAGUAACUAGAAACAAGCUCGUCAGAAAACCGUCGUUCAGGCAGGCUCACAGGUCGACGUCCUUUUUUAGCACCAGUGUUGUAGCAGUAACAGCGGUGUCCGCGCGAAAGUAAUGGACUGUGCGUGCUUCAACUGACGUUUUAUGCUUAGACACCGAUACUUCUAAUAAUACGUUCAAUGUUAAAAAACUCUCUUCGAUAUUGAAAUGUAUGUUUAUUCUUGUAAUGUUUUGAUAAUCAAUAGAUUAUAUGAUCAGAAUGCAGAGUAUUAGUGAUUGAUAGCGUUGUUGUAUGAAAAACAAGCAUUUCUGUCCUUGGUGCUGAACGCCAUCCACCACAUCUAAGUUUCUCGAGACUAAAUCAUUGCAGUUCUCAGCACAUCUCAUAGGCGGAGUCGCUACCACGUCUGUGCAAAUGACAGAAAAACAUUGUCCUUCGACUCAACAAUGCAAUGAAACUGACAACAAAAAGACAGAGACAAACCAAAUAGUUGACAAGAAAAUAGCCACUUUAUUUCAUUGCAACAUUUUUAACAAGUGGACUACUUGACCUCUACCACCAUGGAUUACUAGUUCUCAACAUAUCUACAUCUUAACAUCAUACAUCUAGUUAUGUUACAUCCUCUCACUUUUCUAAGAUUAUAUCUGUUUCGUUUUCUUUAAAUGUUUCUUGGUCUCUCAACGUUGUUAGUAUCGCCAGCUGAUUGAAGCCACAUAUGGAAUUCAACAACAGUAACUACCUGUUCUAUUGCUAGAAUACCUCGGACUACAAAUGUAUAGAGUCACACCAAUUUAAGUUUGCAAAGCAAAUCAGCCUUUCUUCGAAAAGUUUUGAAGCUUUUGAAGCAACGCAAACACAAAACUAUGGGAGGAAUGAUAUGAGGCAAUACUGUGAAGUCAUCAAGGAAACUAUAGUGGUCUGUUAUACUCAGUGUUACCUUCCUAAAAGCAAUAUAAUUCUGCCAAUAUCAAUAAUGAUGAAAAAUAAAACCAUUCAUGGUACAUAAGUUUUUUUUACAUUCAACAGUUUGUCCAAUAGUCUAUUGUCAGAAAAAUAUAGCAGACACAAAUGAUUCUUAUUAAAGUUAAGUAAAGCCCAACUCGUGUGAGACACACAACACAAAACAUAAUUCAUCUAUGAACAUGCAGAGACCAAAACAGUCAACGAUGAAAAAGCCAUUUCUUACAGCCCACUUAAAACCAUUUUGUGUAGAAGUAUGUAACAAUAUGGUAUGAUUUAAAAAUGUUCUAGAAUUAGUGUAAAAACUGAACAAAUAGAAGAACACAAAUCAGUAUUGACAGAUGAACCACCAUCCGAGGAAUGCACAUUGACUAAAAUAGAAAUCAGUUUCUUAACCAUUCAAUGCAACAGAGUCAUACAAUGUACAUCACUAACAAAACACAUCGUAAUACAUAUCUUAAAACCUGUUCUUGACAACAAAAAUAAAUCACUUUAAAUUUACUAAAGGUAUUCUUUAUUAGAAGCGUAUAUUUCCAUUCACCCUGAGUUUACACCGACAUAAAAUACAAUUAUUUGAUAGAUAUUUAGUUUUGUUACCCAGUGAUGACUGUUUACAAGCCAUGCCUUUAAUGUUCUUGCAUAUGAAAAUUAAAGAAUUGGGACUAGUCAUUAUAGCCACUAGAUUUCAGUUUUGGUAUCAAUUGAAAUCAUACUAACUGUGCAAUCUACAUAUUCUUCUCAGAGAUCAAAUGUUUAUUACAAUAAUAUUAUGACUCGUACCCGUUUUACAAUCCACAUUUUGUAAGACAGACAUUUUAACAUAUAUCUAUACCGGGGUAGUCACAGAAAUAUCUUGUCUCUGCAUCAUUUAGCCUUUUGUUUUUGUCUGUUUGAAAUGUUGAAGGCAAAAACAUGGAAUGUAUGAUUGUGUUAACUACACCAUAAGUACAAGUACCAUAUAGCAAUAGUUUUCUCUGCACCUAACUGACAAAACAUAGUGCGUCACUCAAAGACAACAUUUGACAGUGUUGAUUCAUAAUAUAUCAUACCCAGGCUCUUCUCUAAA